ACUUUCCAAUCAAGUGUGACGUUUGAAUCCAUCAAGCAGAUAUAUUAAUUUCGAAAAAAAGGUAGAUAGAAAAGAAAACAUUUAUUUUUUAGCAUGACAGUCUACAAACAGUAUAGUCGCGCCAAGCCCUACCUGCCGAAAGACCCGAAAAAACACAAUCUCGGACAUCAAUCCUUCACCCCCUCCUAUGAGAAGGACGCUCCAAAGAUGAGUCUGCUGAUGUGCUGGCACUACGGCCGCAAAUGGCUGGAGGAGUCCAAGGAGUUCCACGAGAAGAUCGCGAGAAAAGAGCGAGGCUUUAUACAACCCGGCAUCGAAGGCUGGCUGCAGAAACGCAUGACAGCCGCGAUGCGUCGUGCUAAUAAUCUGGACCCUAUUCAGAAGAAGCCUAAAUGGGGAUAACCAUAUGGUCAAAGACCAUGGAGCUUGUACAACAGUUAACUCAAGUUAAAAGAAAAGAAAAGAAAAAGAAAUAAUUGUACAAUCAAGAGCCAACCAAAGCUUUUAUUCGUUGAUCGAGUUAUUCAGUUACCUAAUUGAUUCGUGUUCAUUUCUUGAUUCUAAAUAAAACAUACUAGCUCAAAGAAAC